AUGUCAUCCUCUUCUUUCACGCAUCUAAUUCUACAUCUUGCUCCUUGUGGCAUCCCAGCCAUUGGUAUUGGGACCUAUAAACUAUACGGUGAGAAUUGUGUUCAGUCAGUUUGCAGCGGAAUACGGUGCGGCUUCCGCCUUAUCGACACCGCAGCUGGCUAUAAAAACGAGGAGCUUGUCGGUGAGGGCAUACAAAAGAGUGGAGUUGAGCGGUCAAAGCUUUUUGUGGUCGUUAAGAUCCUUUUAAGGGCAAUGAGAAGCAAGGACGAGGUGAAGGAGAGUAUUUUGGGGAGCAUAAGCAAGCUCCGAAUCGGCUAUGCGGACUGCGUUAUUAUGCACUGGCCCGGCUGUCAUGGUCUCAAGCCGGACGACCACGAAGGCAACGCGGCGGCACGUCGUCGAUGUUGGGAAGUGAUGAUCGAACUCCAAAAAAAAGGCUUGAUUCGCUUUAUAGGCGCCUCAAACUUCUUGCCUCGCCACUUUGUGGAGCUCGAGGAAGUAUCCAGGACGCUUAGCAGCGGGGAAAGUGAAGGCGGCAGCCCUCUCACAAAACCGGUACUCAACCAAAUCGAGCUCCACCCCCUUUGCUUACAAGAGGAUGUACUAGCUUAUUGUAAAGCGCAUGACAUGAUUCCGCAGCAGUACGCUCCGUUAGGUGAGCACGAUGCGCGGCUACUGGCGCACCCUAGGUUGUUAGAGCUUCAGCAAACCUACUUUCCCCAGCAGACGAUAUACGACAUGCUUAUUAUGUGGGGGCUUGCGCAAGGGUUUUGUGUUUUGGUCAAGAGCAGCUGCGAGGACCACCACAGGGCCAACUUUCGUGCUGCCGUCGACUACUUUGCCUCUGUGAGGCACCAAAGAAAGGGUUUUGAAGAACGGAGUGUAAACGAAAGUGGUGAAGCAUUCGGUACUCAAGAAAAACAAUCUUCAGCGUUUCAAAUGGCACCUCGGCUGCUGAGUGAUAAACAACUAGAGGUUAUUAGGAAUCUACGGGAGCUUAUGAAUGUGAAGGAGGACACCCACGUGUGUUGGUACAGCGAACAUAUUGCUUAA